UUCUAUGAUCUAAUGUUGAAAGAGGAAGUGAGAAGGAGUUGCUAAAAGCCCCAUGAAGCGCUGCACGGUCCAUAGCACUAUAAGAAGGGGAAGUGUAAGCAACACUAAACACAAGUCUGAAAACAGAGACAAGCAGAUUGUUCUCCCAAACAGGUCUGAUCAGAGGUGUUACAGAAUGGCUCAAGGCUGCCUCAAGUUUUUAAAGUACACCAUGUGUGCUGCCAACUUCCUUUGUUUUAUAUGUGGUGUGGCGGUGCUGGGUUUCGGUGUGUACAUGAUGGUGAACUUCAAGAUGGCCGCACUCACCCCUAACUUGGCCAAAUUCAACGUGGCCAACAUGCUCCUGAUCAGCGGCAUCGUCAUCACCUGCGUGUCCUUCCUGGGCUUCCUGGGCGCUCUGAAGGAGAACCGCUGUCUCCUCCUGACGUUUUUCCUGCUGCUGUUCCUUCUGAUGCUCGUGGAGCUGACAGCAGCAUGCUUCCUACUCAUGUAUGAGAGCAAGAUUGGUGAAUUGGUGACCGAGGAUCUCAACAAGGGUUUGAAAAAUGCAAGAGAUAAUCGUGUAAAUUCAACGAAUGUAGUGAAUGAGUGGGAUCUGCUUCAGAGAAACUUGGAUUGCUGUGGAGUCGAUAAUGUGACAGACUGGGGAAUGAAAAUACCUGAUUCUUGCUGCCCUGAUGGAUGUAACAGCAAGAAGUACAGGCUAAAGGGUUGUUUGAUCACCUUGCAGAACUUCUUUGAGGAUAAUUUUCUAAACACUGGGGUUUCUGUCAUUGCCCUCUGCAUUAUCGAGGUCUUGGGAAUGUGUUUCGCCAUGACACUGUACUGCCACAUCAGUAGCUCUGGACUGGGCUACAAGUUAUAGACAAUAUUCCUUCAAACAAUAUAUCGUUGAUCUGCAUAUUUUUAGAGUUAAUAUUGUUGUAAAGUUCUGUCUUUUAAAAAUCAUAUGUGCAGAAGGCUGGAAAAGGCAUGGGAUGUUUCUGAAAAAGCUUAUUUGAGAUCAGAAAAUUUUGUUUAGACAAAACUGUCAUUUUAAUAUGCUUUGUUUUACCACGACCACAAAAAUAUUUCUGAAUUUGCCACAAACUUUUCCAUCCACUUGAAAAUUAAACAAAUGUUUUCAGACAUGUUAUCUUCUGUAAUUGUGAGCGAUCAAGCGAUGUAAAAUGCUAUUUCAAUAAGAGUUGUGCAAAAUGAAAGCUGUUCUGUCAUUUGACUGAACUCGCCCUCAACUUCUCUAUAUUGUACAUCAUUUGAAAGGAAUAAUUAUGCAGCUGUUCUUGUAAAAUAUUACAUAUCCACUGUAACUUGCUUCCACUUUUCACACUUGACAGCUUUCGGAAAUCUUAUAAUAAAUCAAUAAAAAGUUAUAGUAUUAAGUCUGAA